AUGUCAACUUUAAGCAGAUCGCGGGCCAGUCUGUCCCCAGCGGCGUCCGAGCGCUCCACUCUGCCCAUGGGCGCUUCUGGGGAGCCAGAGAGCCCGGACGACCUAAAGCCGUUGGAACCGACGAGGGAAGAGCUCCUAGCACACUUCUUUGAAAGAUUUAAGUUCUACACGUCGCUAUGCCUCGGCACUUCAGCUAUACUGGCUGUCUUUGCAUUCCUCUUCUUGAUACCGUUCGUCGUAGAACCAGCCAUACAGACUAUUCUGGCGGAAUUUGUUCCAGAAGCCGGCAUCUGUUCGGUGUCAGAGCAUGUCCAUGCGGAGACCCUGACCAACUGCACCUGGGCAUCUUGCAGGGAGGGGUGUACUACCGCACACACUAAAUGCCACAAAAUCCGUGUUAGUCUAGCUAGAACACCCUUCACCGACCGCGCUAAGGUGCCAACGGAAUGGGAUGAGACUGAUUUAAAAUUUCUAAUUAAUCCCGAAGGUUGUGGUUACCCCCCACGGGUGAACUGUUCAGAGUUUGCCCGCGACUACGCUGGGCCUAAAGCUCCUAAAAUAUUUCCAUGCUACUAUAGUUUGACACGACCAGAUUUGGUAGUGGCAAGGUAUUCUUGGGAUUCUACUAUAAGGGGACUUGUAUUGGCUCUGGUUCUACCGACUACUGUAUUCAUAUUUAGUCUGAGUGUGCUAGCGUACUGGCACUGUCACUGCUGUGACCGGGCCUGUAACAGACGCGUGCACGCCGAAUCCUUCGCUAGCAAGGAAGAGUAA